UGACGCACGGGGGAGGGCGGGACGGGCUCUGCGCCGGAAGUGGCUCGCAGGUAGUAAAUAAUCCCUGCAAGCGAGAGAGACGCUGUCUCCAUUUUGUCGGCGCUCUCCCUGCGGACGCUGUCGCGAUGGGGAGCGUGCUGGGGCUCUGCUCCGUGGCGAGCUGGAUCCCAUGUCUGUGUGGCAGUGCUCCCUGUCUGCUGUGCCGAUGCUGCCCCAGUGGGAACAACUCCACAGUCACCAGGUUGAUCUACGCACUCUUCUUGUUCAUUGGAGUAUGUGUUGCUUGUGUCAUGUUGAUACCAGGAAUGGAAGAACAGCUGAAUAAGAUCCCUGGAUUCUGUGAGAAUGAGAAAGGAGUUGUUCCCUGUAGUAUUCUGGUGGGCUACAAAGCUGUGUAUCGCUUGUGCUUUGGCUUGGCCAUGUUCUACCUCCUCCUGUCUCUGCUCAUGAUCAAGGUGAAGAGCAGCAGCGACCCCAGAGCUGCCGUGCACAAUGGGUUUUGGUUCUUUAAAUUUGCUGCAGCAAUUGCAAUUAUUGUGGGGGCAUUCUUCAUUCCAGAAGGAACAUUUACAACAGUGUGGUUCUACGUGGGCAUGGCUGGUGCCUUCUGCUUCAUCCUCAUUCAGCUGGUCCUGCUUAUUGACUUUGCCCAUUCCUGGAAUGAGUCGUGGGUGGAAAAGAUGGAGGAAGGGAACUCGAGAUGCUGGUAUGCAGCCUUGUUGUCGGCCACAGCUCUGAAUUACCUGCUAUCUCUGGUCGCCAUCGUCUUGUUCUUUGUCUACUACACUCACCCAGCCGGUUGCUCAGAAAAUAAGGCCUUCAUCACCGUCAACAUGCUGCUCUGCGUCGGGGCCUCUGUGAUGUCCAUACUGCCACGGAUCCAGGAGUCACAGCCGAGAUCUGGUUUGUUACAGUCUUCAGUAAUCACAGUCUAUACGAUGUACCUGACAUGGUCUGCGAUGACCAAUGAGCCAGAAACAAAUUGUAACCCAAGUCUUCUGAGCAUCAUUGGCUUCAACACCACGAGCUCCAGCCCAAAGGAGGGGCAGCCUGUCCAGUGGUGGCAUGCCCAAGGGGUCAUAGGACUCAUCCUCUUCCUGUUGUGUGUGUUUUAUUCAAGCAUCCGCACCUCUAACAACAGUCAGGUUAAUAAGCUGACUCUCACAAGUGACGAGUCAACACUGAUAGAGGACAGUGGAGCCCGCAGUGAGGGGUCACUGGAGGACGGCGACAGCGCUCACCGAGCUGUGGAUAACGAGCGGGAUGGUGUCACGUACAGCUACUCCUUCUUCCACUUCAUGCUCUUCCUGGCUUCACUGUACAUCAUGAUGACCCUGACCAACUGGUACAGGUACGAGCCCUCACGGGAGAUGAAGAGCCAGUGGACCGCCGUGUGGGUGAAGAUCUCCUCCAGCUGGAUCGGCAUCGUGCUCUACGUGUGGACACUGGUGGCGCCACUCGUUCUCACAAAUCGUGACUUUGACUGAGGCUUCUGGCCUGGAGGUUCUGCUCGUCAUCACCCAUUGGAAAUCAGCAGUAUUACCAACUUUUGUACAGUUGUGUGUGCGUGUGUGUGUGUGCUUCCCGUGUAACUUCUCCAGUGUUGUUCCGGCAUGAUUAGGUUUGCUGCUUGCUGCCGUUGUACUCAUUGUUCUCUUGCCAGGUGCAUUACUCGUGUGCCGUGUGUCAGGUAGAGCGUCGUGUGACUGAUGAGUGCUGGUGAGCAGGAGAAGUGGGCGGUGUGUGCGUAGCCUCUGCUCUGCGCAUGCCAACUGUGAAGCACACAUGAAUCAAGUGAAUUCACAGUAAACAAAGAACUGCUUGACACUGGGCUUUAAAUUUGUUAGACACAGACUCUCUCAGAAAGCAUAAAAGUACAUGUAUGGCUGCCUUUUGAAAUACUGCCUUAUGGAAACCUGCCCAGAACCUAAUAUGGUUUUACUAACACUAAAAAACAGGUCCCCUAGGUGCAGUUCUGGCAAAUUGCAAGUCCCGUAGGUCCAUCAUGACUGUCCCUUGGUAGGAAGGCAAGGCACCUAUGUCGGUAGUGUGCUUGCUCUGCAGACAGCAGUGUGGUGGAAGUGUAGGCACAGCCUGCAGAGCAGCUCAGCUUGCUGAUAGUGGGCAUUAAUAGGUUGACUCUUCGAUGAGAUCCUGGUCUUCCUUGGGUAGACUAAUGACUUUUCCCAACUACAUGGCUCUUGUUUUGUGGUCACUGUAAACCCAUGCAACAAGUGUAGGGUAAUGGAGAUAGAUUAGGAACUCUGAACUCUGAAGGAUUUAGGCAUUGCUUUAACAGAACAAUUAUAGGUUAAAAAAGUUAAAACUUUGAAAGUUAAUUUAAAGUUAAAAGUUAAUUUUGAAACUCAAAAGGUGGUAAAAUUUUGACAAGGCAGGAAAAAACUAUAAAACACUAGGCUUCAGUAGGUCCUUAAAUAAAAUUUAGUGCAGUUCUUUCAUUUAAAAGUGAAGUGAAACUAAAGCAGAGACUUGAGAGGCUAAUUCGAGGCAAAGCUAGCAAAUCCUAAGAUGACCAACAGUAGCAUUAAUCUCUAGACAUUAAGAAAGGAUUUCUGUUCUGUGUAACAUGGAUAAUCGGUUUUCCCUUCAUUAGCAGUAGGUACUAUGGGCCCUGUCUCACUGCAGUGAGGCUGCCUUGUGCCUGUACCGGCCUGGGAGGAUGUUGGACUGGGAGGAUGUUGGACUGGGAGGAUGUCGGGCUAGCGUAGAGUAAAUGUUUACAGAGCACUACACAAGUCAAACAAUGUGUAAAUGCUUUUGUGUUUGCUGCCAUGUAAUUGAAAUAGAUAGGUUCUCAUAAUCCUUUCAGCCUAGAAAUCAAGCAGUAAGAAAAUUAAUUUAGAUAGAUACUUAGUUGUCUGUAUAUGUAAUUAGUGCCUGAUUCAGCCUUUAAAAUUUACAUUUGCUUCUUUAAAAAUAUUUAUAAGUGGAAUAUAACAAUUCACUGUAUUCUUCAGCCUUCCUGUGCAUUGCUUUCCACGGUUCUGAAUGACUGUGUUGGAUCUCUGAAUAAAUGAAUUCAGACAAAA